AUGACCGACAUUCUACCUUAUGAACUACCUGGCCAUGGAAUUAGUGGUCAAGAGGCCGUAUAUUUCGUCAACUACUUUAUAAUUGAAAGACUUCCGGAAGGUAUAUGGUUUAGAUACGCGGUCGAAAUAAAGAAAUCUGAAGGAAGUUCCAAUACGCAACGAGAGCCAAAGUAUCCGAAAACAGACAUCAAACGUAAAGUGUUUAAAGAGUUGGAAAAAAACGAAAGAAGUGCAUUGUUUCAAAACGUUUCAGGGUUUUUCGACAACGAAAAAACGUUAUACACGAAUAAACCACUCAAUAACGUCUUUAAUAGUUCGGUGCUGCUUAAUGAUGAUCAGGAUUUGAGUGGCAAGCCAAAUAAGUUUCUGGUGCAAAUUAAGUCUCAAGGACAACUCGAUCUCAACGAACUUCGUACUUGUAUGCAAACGGAAACUUUUAGUUGGGAUUUCUUCAAUAUGGAAAGUUUAAAAGCGCUUAAUGAUUUGAUGCAUAGUACCCCCUCCAACAAAUAUUUCCAAUUCAAAAAUAUAAUUUUGGAUCCGAAUGUUCACAAAUCGUUAGGUGGCGGUUUUGAGUUAAGGUCAUGUUUCUUCGAAAGUGUUCGUCCCGGGGAAGAAUCAUUCUUUGUAAAUGUAAACCAUACUCACACUGUAUUAUACGAGAAAAAAGAUUUGGUUACGUUCUUGUGUGAAUUUCUCGGCCGUUGUGAUUUGCCUCCAAUCUUUAAUGAAGUACAACAAAAAAAAAUCCACCAAGUCCUUACCGGAUUGAAAGUCAGACCAUUACAUCUACCAGAAAUCAAAACUCAACAACAGAUUCGGUGUAUUUUGACGGAAAAAACUAUAAAUGUAAAGGAAUUUAAAAAUAAAUACAAUAUCGAGCUUAAAUACCCUCAUGCGGUGGAAAUUCAGUCAAAGGAAAUUUGGCCACUUGAAUGCUGUGAAAUUAUUGAGGGACAACGUGUUUCGAAGAAAAAUCUUAAUGACGAUCAACUCGCAAAGAUUAUAUCCUUCUCCACCGCUCUUCCUAAAGCGAAUAUUGAAGCUAUCAUGAAACGAGGUAUCGGACAUAUGUUUGACUUCCCUAAUGAUCCAAAACUUAGGGAUUUCGGAGUAGUAGUCAACACUCAAAUGGCAGAGGUUCCCGGUCGAAUUUUGGUUACGCCGACUAUUAGUUAUCAUUCGUCUUCUGAGCACAGUGCAAAAUUCAUACCGGAUAAGGGAGUUUGGAAUCUUCGUGGACGAAAAUUCAUUACAAGUGGUGUUCCAUUGAAAUAUUGGCUUGUCUUGUGCUGUGUUCAAGAGAAAUACUUGCCUCGUCAGGCUGUCGAAAACUUCAUUGCUACUAUUCAAGGAACAUCGCGACCAGCACAUUACAUCGUAUUACACGAUGAAAAUACUUUCAACGUCGAUGCCCUUCAAAAUUUCACUUACAAACUCUGUUAUAACUAUCAACGUACGACACGAGCAGUUUCUAUUCCUUCUUCAGUAUACUAUGCACACUUGUCCGCCAAAUACGCACGCAAUCUUGUAACUCGGACGCGAAACGGUACUUAUGAACUUCGGCCAGUGCGUCCAUCGCUUGUAGAAUCUUUUCCAAUGCAUUUCAUAUGA